AUGGACGCUCCCCAGCCAUCAGCGGAAUCAUGCGUCACUGGGCCCCAAGAGGUCAACCCCCAAGAGGUUGAUCAUCCCUUCUUCCCUCCUCUAGAGAUACCAAAGGAGAGAGAGGAAGAAGAAGUGGAAGAAGAUGAUGAAGAUGGGGAGGAUGCUCCUCCAUCAUCAGACCCUAAUUCUGAUUAUGAUGAUAAGGAUGAGGAUGAAGAUGACGAUGAACCUGUCAUCAAAAGGAGGAGGGUUGGAGAGUUCCAUCAGGACAACUCUAGUGGGGAGAGUGGUUUUCUUUCUUCCGGAGAUGACUCUAGUGAUGUUGCCGGAGAUGAUGAGGAUGGUUUUCCUCAAAAUUCCGCCUCCGAUGAAUACUCACACGGUGACAAACCACCAUCUCCAAAAGACACCAUAGAAAUUUAG